GAUAUUUAAAUGAUGGCAGGGUUACUAAUGAUUCUAUCUAUGGUGACAUGAUUAUGUUUGAUACUAAUUCGACAAGUUUGACAAAUCCAUUACUUCCUAACGCAAAUGCACCUAAAGCUCUAAAACAUUAUACUGCUGUUUUAUUGAAAAAUGGGAUCAUCAUCUAUAUUGGUGGAAUUGAUAAAAAUUAUGCUCAACAACUUGCUGAAGCUGAUAUGUAUAAG